AUGGAGUCAUCUGCUCACGCAAAAGGUCCUUUUGAUGCACGAAUUGCUAGUCCAUAUGUCAAUAAGCCCAACUUUGCAGGGGAUGUUUGCGUGUUUGAUCUGCUCAAGAUGAAAUUUUUAUCGAGCUCGUCUAGUUGCGCAAAACUGGCUGAUCUCCUACAUAAGGCUACCCAGAACUCGUCUGCUAUUGCCCUCUCUUCUCCUCAGCUCGAAGAGUUGGAGAAGAAAAUUGCUAAGUUGAAUAGCAUGCUUUCGCCCGAGCUGGCCUACCGUGAAACAAAGGUGUUUGAAUUGAAGAGGAACAUGUCCCUAUUGAAGAGUUCGCUUGUUCUAAAAGAUGGUGAAAUUGACUCCUCUGCUUUUGUCAUCCAAGAGAGAAAGGAGGCCUACUUCCAUCUCAAACACAAGGAUUUUGAAGCCAUCGUUGACGGCUACAAGCUGGGCUACUUGGAUUGUAAGAGUGGAGUCGCCCCUUGUCAUCCUAUUGAAGAUGAAGAUGUUGAGCUACUUUGCCCUGAGAUGCCCCUUGCGCUGGAUAAGCAAAUUAAUGAUGUCAAUAGAAAGGAUGUCGAAGAGCUGGUGGUUGAUGAGCUUGCAUUUUAUGAAGAUGAUACCAAGGAGGGCGCAGUUGGUGAGGUAGCGGUUGAGGUCGUGCAACAGGUAGCUGGAGCUACUGAGCACACGACUGCAACUAAUGAGCAGGUGAUGGAACAUGAUGGAGCCAUGGAGGGCGUAGCCGAUCAAACAGAAACUAAGGAGGCUACUGAUUAA